AUGUGUGACUCAGAGAGCACUAUUUGUGUAAACCUUGUUCCCUCGUAUAAGUGUAUUUGCAAGAUCGGAUAUACCACGAUGUACUACAGUGACUCAACUCCUGAUGCCUACAACUGCAAAGGUACUGGGGUAAAAAAUACCUUUUUUCUGUGUGUUGGCAAGAUCCCAUCACACUGGACCUUCCAUUGCUCGUUGGUCGUUCCGUCUAUUUUUAGAACUUCACUGUGCCCAGAAACGUCCGCAUAAUCCAACAUGGCGGUUCAUCUUCAUAAAAAGAUACUCCUUGACUAUUUGACUUCCAAGUUUUUUAGGUCUUGUUCGAAAGUGUAUAGUGUUAUCCACUGAAAUGUUCUCUAUCUAAGGAAUAUCGCAAUUUGCUUUCCAGUGACGCUUAUCGAGAGAAAGAUCCCUUAAAAGAAAGAGGAAAAUUGGGAGUUUAUAACCAACUUAAUUAUUUCCCGAUUUGCCAUGUAUUCUCCACUAUUUGAAAGAGUGCUUGGCAUGAAGUUAUAUACUUUGUCCAAGAUGAAGCCGGAAAGCACAGCAAAAUAAAUGCGAUGUUUACUCACUGAAUGAUUUACAGCCUUUCUGCGGUCUAAAAUAGGGGUUAACCAGCCACCAAAUACACCCUUUCUAAAUCCGAUUGUGAAAGUGAGGGCGUUUUAUAUUUAGCGGUAGGAACGCUGUUAUCAAUUCUGCUUUCCAAACAAAUACCAUGAGACUAUCAGCGGAUGAAGCUCCUUAAGCAAAACGGGAGCAAAAGCUUCACUUUGUUUUGGCAAGAUUGUCUUUGCCACAGGGUUAAUACGGGGGUUAUUCCAGAGGCGCGGCCGUGACUCUCACAACCAAAUAAGUACUAUGUUAAUAUACUUUAUUUCUGAGUGACUUACUCUUUCACUUCACAAUUCUUCAACUUCCUUAGCAAAGUCCUUCCUCAAGUUAACCUUCUUCUUGGUAGUUCUCUUUCUUCCUCUUUUUCUAUAAUUGCUUACUCCUUCUUCUAAAAGCUUACUUUUCAACAACUCUCUAUUUAUUUGUUUGGUUGUCUAUACGGUUUAAUAAUAAUGCGUAGGAUACAAUUACGUUCUAAUUAACAUACGAUUAAUUCGUAACCUAAAAUUUCUUUGAAAAGCUUUUCUUCAGUUCUGGAGCAGGAAACUACUAAGGAAAACUAACUAAGUAGAGUUCAGUAAAAGAAACACACUUUUGCACAGUUACGUUAAAGUUGUUUGGACCUUUUAAAGGUAAAACUCAAAGAUACAAGCUUCGGUAAUGGUAAACAAAGGACGACUCCCAUAUUCAUAAACGUGGAAACAAGAUAAAUAGAUGGGACAAAACUUCCUACCUUUAAUUAAUGAAUACCUAAAAACGCAAGACUUUGUCAACAAACACUAGCCUUAAAAGUCAAGUUUCCUUCGUAAAUUACUUAAAGUGUCCAUUAAAAGAUAAGUAUUUUCCGAGGGACAUCAAGUCAGGAGACAUGAUGUCCCAUUCUCAAAAACCUUAUUUACUCACGAACACACGAAAUGAGAAAGUCUUAACUUAAGCUCGUUUCAAACGUCGUGCUACAGCCGUGCCAAGCUGGCUCGACUGUAGCACGACACUAGCACGACUUGGUUUCAGACGUCGAAUUUAAUUCAGUCGAAUAGAACGGCUGUCGCCGAAAACAAAACACAAAAAUAUAGAAACGGUUUAGCAAACUUUUAAAUGUAUUCUAAUGUAUUUAUAAUUUAUGAACUGAGUUCGGCACGGCGGUAGCAUGACGUUUGAAACGGGCCUUAGUUACAGUCCUAAAGCCAUGGAAUGCAGAAGGUACAUGGAGGUAUAGAUGGGAGUUACCCUUGGUUAGUAACUAACUAAAGAAUGACGCACAUGUUCUGAUUCCAUGCGUGAUGCAGGGAAGCACACUUUUUAAUAUCUGUUCUUCUAAAUAAAGAGUUCAUUAGCAAAUGUGUUUUAUAUCUUAUUUCAUACUUAUUAAUGAACUGAGGAAAUGUUCCAGAAUCUAAAAAGCUUCCUACAACGAUAUAUGUCAAUAUUCAUUUCAACUUGAUCAGAUAAAAUUUGCCAGCAAUCAAUCAAGAUCACUUUUCAUGCUUCACUUUUUUAUAUUUUAAAUGUUGUUUAUUAGUAUUAUGUUUGACUUAUUCCGUAAUGGAAACAUUUGGCUAAAUCGGGUUAAAUAUCGGGACUUCCAUUAGCUUAUAAUAUUUUUCAUAAACCGAGGAGAUAAGUCCCGUGACAGGGUAAUCAGUUUCACUACUGUCACGUGCUCCCCUCUUAAAAUAAAGUCUAUUAAUUGACUGAUUGAUUGAUUUGUUGUAUAAACUUUACGGCUGAAACUAAUACAGUGUCAUUGUUAUCUGACUGUAGCUAAGACCUGUCCAGCCCUGAUUGAAGUUCCAGGAACCAGCGUCUCUCCCAGCUCAUGCUUGCAAGAUGAAGGCAGCGUUUUUGGUGAUGUGUGCACAUUCAGUUGUAAACCUGGUUAUGAACUACCCAGUCGCCUGAACUCUCUGAGUUGCCUUUCGACCGGAAGUUGGAAUGGCUCCGUAAUCAACUGCAGAAGUAAGUAACCCCGGAACUAAGCAAAUUAAAGUCACAAUGAGCUAUUGAACUUUAUAAAUGAAUUAUGAAAGAGUGGCAAUGUUCUAGUUUUCAGUUUAGUACCAUCACGUCCAAAAAUGCACCUGUGUUGUGCUGGCUUUAGAAGCAUAAAAAAAAGAAACUUUCCUCCACAACAAAUACAACUUAGAAGCCUAUGAUGCAGGUCUGGCGACAGGUGGCCUUAACGAGCUGGUGUUGAACAAUUUAUGAAAUUUUUUGGGUGGUUACGGAUUCCAUGGUGACUCGACUGCGGUUUCGAUCGCGAGAACCUGAGAAAGUUAUUGGUUGAGGCUGAGUAUGAUUUGAAGAAUUAUGCAGAUCGGGGCUAGUGUUAUCCUCCAAGGCCAACACCCUUCGAGAUCUGCAUAAUUCUUCAUAUUGUACGAAAGCCGAAUCUAAUAAUUAGGUUAUUAUUCAUUCUAAAAAUUUCAUACUUUUUACCUCGAUGAUCAUUUGUCUUUUCCUCGACAAAGACAUAAAGGAAUGUGUGGUUUAGCAGAUAUUCUUCAAAUAGCAGUUGUCAUCCGUCGAGUUGUAUUUUUUCUGUUCUUGCUAUGUUUGUAGGCUGUAUUUCGACUACUUCUUUUUCGCAAGCAAAGCGUACAAAGUUUUCCGCUAUUUUCCCCAGCUCUACAAAAUGGCUCAGCGAACGUAACGUCGUCUCCAGGGCGUGUAUGCUGCCCUCCCUUUUUUUGGUGAUACCCUGUAUUAAUGAUAUCACAAUGUCUUUCGAUUUUGGUCAGUGAUCGCUAGUUAUUGCUGUUGAUGACAUUGUUAAGUAGCCAAAGUAUUAGUGAAGAUUGUUUUUGCAGCUCUUUUGUUACUUACCUUUUAAUGAGAGCGUUGUAAAGGUCUCGCUUUAUGAUUUCUUUAACCAGGAAUUAGUUGUCCGAGGCUGGCUCCCCCUUCUAAUGGCGAUGUUGUUCCAGAAACUUGCAAGGCAGAUGGACACAUUUACAACGAGACAUGCCAUUACACAUGUUCAUCUGGCUAUCAGUUGUCAGGGGUAACGCAGACAACGUGCCAAAGUAACGGGCAAUGGGACGAAGAAGAGGGACCAACGUGCCAGAAAGGUAACAAAAGCCAGAAUCGAUGUAUAUUGGGGGAAUCUUAGUUUGCCACUGUUGCUUCAUGAGUCUAUUCCCUAUCCUUAUUUUGCUACCAGGCUAUAAAUACAAAAGCCAUAACAAAAAUUACCCAUUUACAUAGGUGACUCUCUGGUUACCUUUAGAUACAGACUUUGUUAAAACGGAAUUCUAAGAACCACCACCUCUACCACCAACUACAACUAGCUCUAUUGGCAUGGCCAUACAUACAGGUGAAGAUACAUGUACAUACAGCAUAGCAAAAGCUAUAUAUAUAUUUUAAAAAGGUGGGGGUGGUGGGGGGCAUUUCAAUAUUGGACGUCAAUUAAGUUACUUCUAUUAUACUUUUAUCCAAAUAACUUCUUUUGCAAGAAGUUAAUCUUCCCCAUUCGAAGCAUAUUUUACCAUGGGCGGUUCGUUUUUUUUUUUCCAUGUCUUUUCUUUUUCUAUAUAAAAAAGGGAAAGCGCUGAUAAACACACAUUUUUAUCAGUAAGAUCCUUUUGGAUGAAUUUACCUUGGUAAUGAGAAUAGUACUGUGCGACAAUUACUUUACUGUGGUUUCCACUGUCGCGUAUUUUUUUUUACCUGCGUAAUUGAAAAUAGACGAAAUAUAUGGAAGGCACGCGCGACCUUACAUGCAUUGCCUCUAUUUUAUUUACGCAAGUAAAGACUACGCAACGGUGGAAAUCCACGCUAGAAAGUAUAUUGUGAGGUUAACGCAUUUCUUUCGCGUACAGUCUUCCUGGAUCCUUGGAUCACGUGCCCAGAUAACGUGGUGGUGACUCUCUCUCCCGGCGCAAACACCUCCGAUGUCUCCGCCUUAUUAGAGAGCCCACUGUCCAAUCAGCCAGCGGAGAGGAUAACAGUCAAACCAUUGCAAUACAGAAAUAGUAAAAUCUUCCAAGCGGGUUCAACGACUUUGACCUACACUGCUAAAAACCAAAAUGGAAAGAGAGCAAAAUGCAAGGUCGCUGUUAUCGUUCAAGGUAUCCAAUGACCAUAUCCUUGUUGUCAUUCAUCACUGUACGACAGUCAGAAUUUCAACCUACCCCUUAGAAAAUGCAUGGAAGGGGUGGGUAAAUGGAAAACCCCUAGGUCAAGGUUACCAGAAUUUCCAUAAAUGAGAGCUGUUUUUCUUUAAUCCUCCCUGGAGAAUUGUGGUGUUUUUGAGUAAAAUGACAUCGCACUGAAAGUAUGGUCAAUUUUUAGUGACAAUCGUUUCAGUAAAAAAAAAAAAACGUUUCAGUCUAAGCAGUAUAGAGAAUCUUUGUUACAUAAAGUAUAAUGGCCCUAGUUGCUACUAAUUCAAGAGCCCAGGGGUAGAGAGGAUGAACUUGUAAACAGAACGUCUAAGGUUCAACUUUGUUGGAAGACCGCGGAUUUUCUCCCCCUGUGUCACUGACUGAAUUAUAGCGUCAUUUUCUACAGAGCGUUAAAUAGAACAUGUUCAAUGAUUCGUUUUUCCUUUAAUCGAGGAAAUUGAAAACAAUUGGGGAAACGUUUCCAGUUUUGAAAAUUUCCAAGAGCAAUUUGCCAACCCUAAAAACGUACCCCUCCAUGUUUAUGGUGGUGGGCCUUUGCUUUCCCAGCCUCAAAUGCACCUGCCUUUUCCGUCUUUCUGACCUUACACCAAUGAGUUGAUACAGAACUUAACACCUAAUAUAAUCACAAAGAGAUUUGUCCCAUUGGUUGGACUAUCGCCUUAUUUCUUUAUAUUAGUUUCAUUCUUUUUUUUCAGUUCCAAACUGGAGGGAUUGACAGAGCUUAAAAAAUGUACUUUAUUUGUACGAGUGUCAAUGUAUUUAGCACGAAAGUUCUAACUGGGGACACUAUUUUUAAGUCUCCUACUGGAGACGUAACUGCUGUUUUAAGUGGUCAUCUGAGCCACGGGAAGGUCUAGCCGAUUGAAGUGCAAAAGGAGUACCUUUGAGCAUUUGUCCGACCCCGGCAAUAGAAUCCACGACCUCCCACUCUGCACUCAAGCACUCUAAUGACUGAGCUAAUCCUGCCGCUUCCAAUUUAUAGAUUUCUUUUUGACUUAUGCCUUUUCCUUUCUUACCUGCAACAGACAAAGAGAAACCAGCGUUUUCUACCUGCCCAAGAAACAUCUACGUAACAACUAUAGAGAACUUCAAAGUUGUACACUGGACACCCCCCACGUUUACUGAUAACGUCAGAGUGAUUAGGGUGACGUCCAGGAAAAAUCCAGGCGAUGUAUUUCACCUUUUCUCAACUAUUGUGAGUUACACUGCCUACGAUCAGGCGAAAAAUACAGAAACGUGUUCAUUCACCGUUAAUGUCAAGAGUAAGUUUGUGUGAUUCAUUUCAUUUUGUAGAGCAUUUUCUAGUUAAAAGUCAUAGUACAAUUUUAUGUUAACUUCGCUUUAAGCUUGUACAUGUACCUCUACACUCUGUAAUCUAUUAAAAAACCAAUGCCUAAUCUUAGACUUGCUUUCGUCUUCUUGUUCCUCUCUUUUUGUUUUCCUUUGCUGAAACAUAUUAGCUCGCAAAGUUAAAAAUUGUAUCCCAAAUUAAAGUAUUUGUCACAACCAAUUCAUCUCACUGUUAACCUAAGACGAAAUAGGGACCUUAAGCAACGAGAACGUUGAUGUUCCGGAUGUCAAUAAUGGCAACCGGAAGUUGUUAUUUUAUCUCUUUCAGUGCUCUGACUCGCCAAGUUCGUACAGCGGGAGUUAAAACAAAGGCAUUCAGAUUCGUUGUGUAAAACAGAGGCGUUCCAUCGAGCGAGAUAUCAAUCUUCCGGUUGCUAUUCAUGGCCUCCAGGGCUUCAGCGUUCUCGUUGCUUAUAUUUUCAAAACUCGCCAAUAUUUUUCAAAACCGGUCUUCAAUGUCUCUUGUGCCGCCAACUAAUAACUGAGCGACAUCAGAGACGCUCGCCGCGGAGGACCAGUAAGAGAUACAGACUCGCGCCAUGCAAGGUAAUCCAAGACAAUCGUGGAUUCUGGAUUCCACGCUGUGGAUUCAGGUACAAGAAUCCAGAUUCCUUGUUAGCCGAACUUGGAUUCCGGGUUCCAAUCGUUAGCGGGAUUCCGGAUUCCUUGAGCUGCAAUUCCGGAUUUCACAAGAAAAAAUUUCUCGGAUUCCGGAUUCCACAAGCAUAAAUUUCCCGUACAGGGGGCAAUGUUGAUAACCAACCACGGAUGCCUCUUUGAAAAUUAUUUUGUAUUUGUUUCCUCUGGUUUUACCAGAAUUAGGAUGCGACCUUUCUCCUUCGCCACCACAAAAUGGUGCUUUGACCUGCAGCAAUUUUGGUGGAUCAUCAUUUUGUACACUCUCCUGUAACGAGAACAAAAAGCUCUUCAAGAACGUUUAUUAUAUACAUUGCGACAAAGGAUCAAGUCCAAAAUGGAGCGAAAUACCUGAUUGUGUUGGUAAGUAACGUUUCAGCAACGAACCUUAUGUAGUUGCAGCUGUAGUUGAUGCUGUCCUUGUUGUCUGUUCAGCCUUGUGUUCCCACCUCGUCAAAUUAUAUUGUUUCAUGUUUGUGCACAAGAUUUCCACUCGGGUGGUUUGUGUAAAUUACUACAUGAAACUCUAAAGGAAGUGUUUAUAUUAAUGGUAAAUAGUUUGCUAGUAGUUGCCAGAUCUCACAAAAGUUGCUAUACUUGUAUCGUAAGUAUCUUUUACUGCAGAUGGUAGGUAAAAAGAGAAUUCUAACUUGAAAACAACGGGCCGACCUUUCAAGCUUGACUGUGUUGUAAUGUUGUAAUCCCGUUUUUAUAGUUUGUUUUAUUUCGAAUGCAGACUAUUUAAAUCCAGAGGCUGAUGGUUCUUGUGAAAUUAGUUAUGUGAAACAAGGAAGCUUAAAUGGAGCGUUUGCGGAAGACAUUUGUGGUCAGUGUUAUUUUGUUUAUUUAUUUGCUUGUCUCGUGUUAUUUUGGCGGAAUUUAUUCGUCCAUCAUUCCAUUCAAUCACUCUCUAUCCACCAAUAGAGCGUUUUCAUAUGACAUUACGUCAGCCAUCCAAACCAAUCCUAUGGGAGUUGAACUCUUUUCUUAUGUAAACGCUUUCUUUUUUCCAAAACAUUUACUUAGAAGCUGCCCAAGUAAGUGAAAACGCUCUAUAUCCAUCGGGCUUUCCAUCAGUCCUUCUGUCCGUCCCUCCAUCCCUCCCUCCCUCCCUUCUUUUCUUCACGCCCUUCUUCCUUCCCUCUCUCCUUCCCUCUCUCCUUCCCUUCCUCCUUCUCUGCAUCUCUCCCUUGUACCCUCCCUCCUUCCCUCCUCCCUUCCUUCCUCCCUUCUUUCCUCCCUUGUUCCUUCCUCCCUUUCUUCCUUCCUUCCUUCCUUCCUUCCUUCCCUCCUCCCUUCCUUCCUCCCUUCUUUCCUCCCUUCUUCUUCCUCCCUUUCUUCCUUCCUUCCUUCCUUCCUUCCUUUCUUCCUUCCUUCCUUCCGUCCUUCCCUCUUUCCUUCCGUUCUUCCAUCCCUUCUUCCCUCCUUUGUUCACGCUCUCCCUCCCCUCUCCCUCCCUGCCUCCGUCCCUCCGUCCCUCCGUCCCUCCAUCCCUCCAUCCACCCAUCCACCUAUCCAUUAUGAAAGUUUCAGGGGAAAAAAAACCUACAAGGUGAAUUAUUUGAAUGUAUUUACAGUUAAGUGUCCCAAGGGAAUGUAUUAUAACAUUACGACAAAGAAUUGUAAGAAUUGUGCGACUGGAUACAUAAGCUCACAAGAGGGUUCACUGGAAUGUGAAGUAUGCCCUGAAAUCAGCUCGACACUGGUGGAGGGAUCUAAAAAGUGCACUGGUAAGUUUAUCUCCAAGGGCUUGGUCUCAGAGCCUCAACCUACAAUUUUGUCUCUAUCAAUCUAAGCUGCACACCUUCCUCUCCUUUAAACAUCGAAAGUGUACUUCAAGCCAGUGGUGCCAUCAUUACAAAGGCUAUCGUUCAUGAAGCCAGGCCGGCAAAUAUUUUUCCUUUUUACAGUCACUAAUGUGUGGGGAAGUAACUGUUUUAGUCGGAUAAAGGAUGAAAGUGGUUGGGGAUACACUAUGUUGACUCAGUUUAAUCUUUUUUACGCAAAUCUUCAGCUACAGAAUAAUAGAAUGGUAUUCGAUUUGGUAUUUGAGUCCGGCGUAUGGUAGGAUUAACUCUUUGACUUUUUCCCAUGAAUAUAGCUCAGUGCUUGGCCGGUCAUUUCUCGAACUCUGGAUUUGAUCUGCUCUCAAAUCUUGACCCCUGUGAGCUAUGUCCGAAGAAUACUUUCCAAAAUAAAGUUGGCCAAACGAGUUGUGAGAAAUGUCCUAAUGGAACCACUACAACUUCGACUGGAUCGACAUCAUUGGUCGACUGUGGAGGUAAGCAUUGAGUCCAAUCAAGUAGAAGGGGGUGGAGUGACCCUCCAAGACGGGUUGUCCGGUCUGCCUGAUAGGGAAAAGUCCUUAACUAUGCGCCGACGGGUAGAGGACGCCAGUAAUCUCGUACCUAGAUCUCUUGUCAACGAAGCCAAGGCGAGAUCUGGUCAAGAAAGAAAAUUUAAUUUUAAAAUCAGCCACUUAGACUUACUGCCUAGAUUGUGUAGAAGUGAGUGUUACCAGUUUGACACACUUCGUCAACGAGAGAUUAGGAUGGUAGAGCUCUUUUAGCGAAGAAUUACAGUUUCUUACUGCCUCAUGUGAUCCCAAAGAAUAUUUAUGGAGAAUCACAUACCUAGUCGUGUAGAAGAUAAAGCAAAGCCAGCAUGAAUAAUUCAUGCUCUUCAGAAGAACAUUGCUUGUUUUCAAAGUCUCUUGACUUAAUCUAAUAUAUUUUGAUUUCUGUUGACAAUUAGGAGUACCAGUUGUCUCUCAAUUUGAACCUAAUCCAAGCAAUGCCACUGAGAAUCAAGCCACCCAGUUUGAAUGCUACGGCCAUGGGGUGCCUCCUCCAACUUUCACCAUCAGGAAGGUGGUGUCAGCUCAAGGUCAGUGUGAUCAUAACAGCCGUAUUUUAUUUUAGCUUUUUCAACCACAAAUGAUCCUGGAACUGUUUUGCCGUCGCUAGUAGUCGUUGUUAAGGCCGGUGGUUUCAGGUCGCGAGACUUCUGGGCUGAAUGGAGGCUCAGUGGAAAAUUCUGUGGUGCAACCGCUAUACUGGCCUGCGAAAACUAAAUCUCCUCCCUCCUCGCCUCUGGGGACGUUUCGCGAGAAGGAACGGCUGUUUUCGCAGGCAACUGCUAUACAAUCCAGUUGAACCUAGGGGUGUCUUACUGUUUAUCUCUCAUUUGCUUGGGUCCAUUUAGGUCUUAACCUUGCAGUGAUUUUGUUACCUCUGCGUCCUGCGUCCCUGACGCAUAAAAAUCCCAAAAGACGCAAAAUAAUUUGUGGCAUGGGUCCCGUAGGACGCAAAGAUCGAUUGAUCAAUUUGAAGAUGUUUUUUGUAGAAUAUCCUGUUUGUGUGAUUUCUGUGGCUGUUGUUAAAAACACGCUUAUUUCUUUUAGUCUUUGUUGUGCUUUACAAUAGGAGGAGUACAUUUUUAUUUCAGUAAACUGCAAUACAGAGUUUUGGUGUCUGUCUUCACAUUAACUGUGUGGUUACAAAAGACCCAGGAACUCAUUGUUUUUUGAACUGGGACUUAACGGUUCUAGACUGGAACUCAUAAUUUUUCAAAAGAUGAGUUCCAGGACUCACCAUAACUAUUUGUAACAAAAUCACCGACCUUGUAGAAAUAAAUUUGACUGUGUGUUCGUUUUCAGAGGGUUUCGGCGGCCCUGUAAAACAAGAGUACAUUAGUGGACCAGAAGGCAAACGAAUCGGUCUCCGCUAUAUCAUCACCAGAGUCACACAGUACGACAAGGGUGCGUACGAAUGCAAAGUAGAGAAUAACUUUGGAACCGACCGCAAGUACCUUCAUGUCAACGUAGCUUUGGACUUUAACAUCGGUUAG